UCCUAGUGGCGCUGUAAUCGGAGUGCGGUAUUUGACGCUCAGGAUCCACUUGCCGCUUGGUGCCUUGUCGGUGUUGACGUUGGCUGUCAGUUGGGAGCUGGUAGAAGGGGAAAAUGAGCCUUGGGCCAAAGGCGGUUUCGCUGUUUUGGCGACUCUGGAUUUUUUCCAGUUUUUGGGUGUGCGGCCUCCUGGAGACAUCUGACUUGAGCUACGUCACUUGUGGUUCGGUUAUAAAAUUAUUAAACACCCGACACAAUGUGAGGUUACACUCACACGACGUGAAGUAUGGCUCAGGAAGUGGUCAGCAGUCUGUGACUGGAGUGACUGAAGCAGAUGACAGUAAUAGUUAUUGGAGGGUAUGUGGAAAAAGUGACACUGUGUGCCAACGUGGAAAUCCAAUAAAAUGUGGUGAGACUAUUCGUUUGACCCAUAUAAACACAGGGCGUAAUUUGCACAGCCAUCACUUUACCUCUCCAUUAUCAGGAAACCAGGAGGUGAGUGCAUUUGGUGAGAAUGGAGAAGGAGAUAGCCUGGAUGAUUGGACUGUCAUGUGUAGUGGAACAUACUGGGAACGAAAAAAUCCAGUGAGGUUUAAACAUACUGCUACAGAAGUCCUGCUGUCCAUUACAGGAGAACAAUAUGGGCGACCAAUAAAUGGCCAACUUGAAGUUCAUGGCAUGCAGUAUUCAAACCAGUUUAAUUCUUGGAAGGUGAUGGAAGGAAUCUUUAUGAAACCCGUGGAAGUGUCAAGGGCUGGAAUGGAAGCACAUAUUGAACUAUAAGUAAAACAAAAGCUGUCAAUAUUGUGUGGUUUAACUUACAAUUGGGCCCUGAACAAAAUCUGAAUCUCAAUCUGUUUUCACUAUUAGAUGUACUGUGACUUAGACAUGCAAAAUGUUGCAUCUUGAUAGUACAUUUUUGAGACAAUCCUGAGAGGAGCACAAGCUGUCCUGGCAAGUCCAAUUUUUCAACACCGAAUGGCAGCAGAAGCAUUUUAAAACACUUAAGUUGAAUGGAACUACCUUCGUUUUUACUUAUAACUGAAAUGUAAAAACAAAAUUUAGGAUGCAUUUGGUGUGUUCUUUGACUGGAAGAUACCCAUGGAGUAUUUAAAAUUAGGAGUCAAUUCAGAAGGAUAAUAAGGCUAUAACAUUGGACCACUAAAAAGCAGUGCCAAAUAAGUAUUAAUUAUAUUGGCAAUCACUUAUUUUGAGUCCUGAGGUAAUGCAAAGGAAAUUUAGAUUAUUUAAUAAAGGCAAAGUGGAGUUACUGAAUGAAGUGUGGAAUGACUGAAAUUAAAAUUGGUAAUUAAUUAGUCUUGCUUUAUAAUUUGAAGAUCAUGAACUUGCUUUUCUUGGUUGGCUGAUUUUAAUAAGGUUUCAAUUCUUUACCUAAAUAAGUGGAAUUUUAAAAAAAGUCAAGAUAUCUCAUUUCAAGUUUGAAAUGUGAAAACUGAUGACCCAAACCCUUACUAAAUGAGAAGUCAUUUCUUUAAGCCAGUUAUCAAAUUCACCUUGCCUGGGAAGAUGCAUGAUUGCAAUUAGCCUUCGAAAGAUAAAGAAACCGUGUGUGGGAUGGGAAGGGGCAGUCUUAAAAAAAGUAAAGCCUCAAUUUUGUAAUUGCUAGACCAAGCAUAAUUGUUUUUGGCUCUUAGCUUGGCACUUAAAAAAACUAUCAUUUGAAAGGACAUCUUUCCUUUAGCAGCCUCUUUCAAUCCACCCACAUCCUAAAGUGGCCAUAUUCAGUGAAGUAUUUACUAUGUUCUUUGUUUCAUUCUUCAAGAAUCCUGACACGUAAGACCCUGUAAAUAAAAUAAAUUUUUCUUGGUUUUUGGAAUUCAUAUUUAGAAGUAAGCCAUUACUUCUUUAACACAUCUGUGCAUCUUUGCAAUUUUACAUAUGGUCAUAUUGAGUGAUAUAAUACUAUUGUCAUAAUUUUAUUGUGACGUAUUUGUUCGGACUAGAAAAGGAGGGAAAUUAUUGAAACUCUGCUGUUGCAAAAUUGUAAUGGCAAAUGACAAUUGUGAUGACUAAUGAAGUAAUCACUAAUUCACUAAUCCCAAUGAUAUGAUCAGUCCUGAAACAAACUGCCCUCAAUGUAAAACUUUUGCCACAUGAUAUCAAUUGAACUAUUUUUCAUUAUUUUACAUGUAAUAAAUUUUCUUUGUUUGAA